CGGUCAGUCCCGCCCGAGCAAGCAUGUCGUUCGUAUCGCGUUAACAAGCCGAAUUCUCAUAAUUCACAACCAUCAUUCACACUGCACCGGUACGUUAGACAAUCAUCAACGCACAAUUUAUUCAAAAGUUCAUUAUUUAGUCUCUCGUUCCUAAUUAUUAUACAACAAUCGCAGUAUUAAUUCCACGAUGGUGAUGUGUAAAUUUAUUUAUAAUAUUCCUGCCGGAAACGAACGGCAUUUCUGUUUGUAAAUAUGAGUCGAACUCGGUCGCGUUUCAUUAUUGUUCCCAGUCACUUGGGCCAAUUGACCUCGCUUUAAGAUCGUGCCGUGCUCACCAUUGGACCUUUUAUUUCUAUUUCUUUUUUUUUCCUUAUACCCUACGCUUUCCAUCCUCUGUGUUUAGGCUUCCUGACAGUGGUACUCUUUACGUGGGUUAAGUAAAAAGAAAAAAAAGUAGAAGACUCGUAAAUCCUAAAAGAUGUCUCGCUGGCGCAGUGGCUAUCUGUUGUCCAAGAUAACAGAGCAGGAGGAUCAGGAAGGAUCAUUAAGAAAAUCAAAAUCACCUGAAUUGAUGUCGCCGAUUGCAAGUAUCGUGCGAGGACUGAGCAGAUCGACUCUGUCUUCCGGUGAUACACCAAAGUCGGGUUCGAAGACCAGAUCAAAGUCGACGCCAAGGGCGUCGCGACGCACGGACCACGUGCAGUGUCAUGGCAGCGCUGAGAUCGAUUCCACUGAUAAGAAGAAUAGCCGUCCUGCUCGUGACGACUGGCUCUUCAAAAAUGCCUUCAAAAUUAAAAGUACACCCGAAGGUCCCUUGAAGUGUAAAACUAAAGGAAGGCGGCUGCUUGGUAUGGCGUCGCGACGCAUCUCCAGCCCGGACACUGUGCUUCCAUCUACCGACAAGGAAAACAGUCCUGCUCUCAUCAGUCCUAAAAUCUCGAGUCCGCAGAAGAUUCUUGACAAGAUCUUUAAGUCACGCUGCCCUCUGGAGGAUUAUGAUCCUAACAGUCAAGAUAGUGGUUACGGUGUGAGCUUCCCUGAGAAGGAGGAUUCGUUGAAGAACAGAGAUGCAUUCCGCUUUGCAGAACCUCUUGCUGUUGCUCCACGAAGACUCUCAUUGGAAUCCCGUAGUCCUGUGCAAAGCCCGGUGCGAUCCUCACCUAGAAGACGAUGUAUCAGACCAUUCGUUGUUAGAAGGCUGUCAUCGGGAUACGAGAGUACUGACGACGGUUUCAACGACCUCAUCGACAUGGAUACCUUUGAUGAGACAACUCAGCUACCAAAUGGGAUUUCAAAUCUUCUCUCGGGUCACAUCGUCUCCGAGAAGCCAAUGGAGUGUGACAUUGCAACCACGCCUGAGUAUCACAGAACUAAGCCUUCCUUGGGAAGAUCUCUGUCUCUUCAGGGUAGGAUUGAGAAGACUACGACGCCUGUAUCGAAGGUGCGCUCGUGCCUCUUCCGGUCACCGAACGCCACUUCAUCGACGGCCAAGCUCACCUUCGACGAGAAUCCACGCAGUGGUUCAAUGAGUGCUCCAGACUCGCCGCCGUCCAGGUCUUUCAAAAGACCAGAACCACCCACUGACGCCAGUCCAGUCCUAGUCAAGAGAUCCAGGAAGUCAACUAGCCUCCAGGACAUACCCGAGAUAUCUAGUCCUAAGCCAGUACUCCAGAGAAGUAUAUCUGACACCGAGGCUCAUGCUCAUAUCAAGUAUGCAAUCCACCGAAGUACUACAGAUGCUGAUCUCACAGGAGACUUCAGUAAAUCCUGCAUUCUACCACUAGCCGAAGGACAACAUGAAGACCUUAAAUCUAUUAGUGCCACUACGUUAGCUAAGCUGAUACAUGGUGAAUUUUAUGACAGAGUUGGAUCUUUCAAGAUUGUGGACUGUCGUUAUCCUUAUGAAUUUAAUGGUGGACAUAUUGAAGGAGCCAUGAAUCUUUAUAACAAGGAACUCAUUAAGAAGGAACUUCUGGAUCCACUAACUCAUGCACCACAGAUUCAUCCUGACUCAAAUAAGAGGAACAUUUUGGUCUUCCAUUGUGAGUUCUCCUGGGAGAGAGGUCCCAAUUUGUCUAGAUUUCUGCGUAACAUUGAUCGACAACGGAAUAAGGAACAUUAUCCAGCUCUACACUAUCCUGAAGUUUACCUGCUUCAUGGUGGCUAUCGGCAGUUCUAUCAGGAACAAAAAAACCUCUGCUCACCUCAAGGUUAUAGACCGAUGAGGCAUCCUGAUCAUGAGGCAGAUCUGCGACAGUUUCGCAGCAAAAGCAAGAGCUGGCAAGGAGAGAAAUCCAGACUGAGUGGAUUAACUGCCAGGGCGAAUCUCAAACGACUUGGAUUCUAAAGAAACUUUAGAGUCUUAUAACCACUGCCAAGUAGGAAUUAAUAUUCCCUGAAGAAAGGAGUGAAGACAUUCCGGAUUCUUCAUUAAUGUUAAUCCUUCUGUUUCUGUGCAAAAGUCUUGACACCCCUUAAUGAAAAUAUUUUGUAAAUAGUUGCUAGUGUCGCCAAUAGAGUCGAUCGCGAAUUAAAUUACAAAAACAAGUAUAAUGAACGAAUUAGUGGAAUAUGCAAGUGGAGUAACAGACGCGUGCAAUAUUUUUGGUAUCAGUCACUUGUUAGUAGCGUUAGCUGCCUGUGGCGCCACGGUGGCCAAUGCGAGAAGGACAAACAGUUUUGCGGCUUGGCGGUAGACCCAAGAGUUUUUUUAAUGCUUCUAUUUCUCGGGCGGGCAUCCCACUGUACAGAUCAGCCUGCCCUGGCUUAUUGUUUCCUUCUCGCAGAAAGCGUCCAAUUUUAAUUACUUCACAACAAAAUCCUUUAGGUAUUAUCCAUUAUUCUUAUACUUGUCAACGCGAUUCUCAUUGUUACUUUUGACGAUAUGUAUAUUGUAAGAUAUAGAAAAUGAUUAUUUUUUUGUCUUUUCGACGAACGCGCCUAGAUUAACGGAGUAUUCGAUGAAAUGUGCAAAGUUCUUUUUGAGAGAUAUUAUGUGUAAAAUAAAGUAGGAGUAGCCCUCCGUUAUAUUCUAUGUACUUCCUUGUACUGUAUUAUAGUAUAAUGAAAUAAAAUUAAAAAGCGAUUUACUGUUUUACAUUA